UUUUAAGUACGCAUAAAAUACUAGUCAUAGAUGGAAUUUAAUAGCUCGUUUAGUAUAUUAAUUAAGAUUGUGGUAAGCUGUGUCGCUGGAAUUUCCCGCACUCACCUCAGUCUAAAAGUGUACAUAUCACCUUUAAACCAACCACUUAGAACUGCUGCUGAUAACCCAGGGCAAGGCUAUAAAAGCCAAGCUCAAGAGCCGACUGACAUUCAGUCAACUGUAGCCAGAGCUAAUCGAAAGAAAAAUGCAAUCCAUUCUCCGACUGCUGGUGCUGUUUGGAUUAAUCUAUACCGCGAUGGGUGCAUCGGGUAUAUUUCAGAAUAUAAACCUCGGUGGCGAUGCAGGAAGAACACGAUCUUCAGGUGGCAACCUGGAUUGGAGCGAUAGUGUUCACAGUUCUGAUGUCGAUAGGACUCUGAAGCUACUGGAAUCACUGGAUAACAGUGGCAAUGAUAGAAAUAAUUGGGGCAACGAUGCGGUGAGGAAUUCCGGAUUCGAUACAGAUAGAUCCGCAGGUGACUCAAAUGAAGACGCUCGUGGAUUGCAGUUUAUAAACAUGGGAUAAAUGUUACGAUGCUAAAAUACUCAAUUUAAAUAAAAAAAAAUUUGAAAAAUUAAGCAUUAUAAAA